GCAUAUUUGAAAUUCUCUCACCAUCUUACAUUUUAGACUUCCAAGUUCUAAUGGCCUUGUAUUUUAAACAUUUUGUUUUGCCAUGUGCUGCAGUUCCUUGUUCAAGAUUUCAACUGUGCAUUCCAGGAGAGUAUUCUUCUUCAGGGUCACAUGUACCUCUUUGUUCGUUAUUUAUGCUUUUAUUCCAAUAUAUUUGGAUUUGAAACAAAGAGAAUAAUCGCCUUCAAUGAAAUUACUAGCGUUAAAAGAGCAAAGACUGUUGGAAUCUUUCCUAAUGCAAUAGAAAUUUUUGCUGGAGGAAAGAAGUUCUUCUUUGCAUCAUUCCUAUCUCGUUAUGAAGCUUUCAAGCUCAUUAAUGGUGGACGGAAGCGGCAUAGUAUAGGAGCCAAAGAAACUAAGGGCCAGCAGGAACCUAUGUCCGAGUCCAGAAGGCAAGAGAAUGGAUUUUUUUACAUUUGUAAAGGAAAUAGCUCCAAAAACCCAAUAAAUGACAUGGAGUCUACAGCCAGGGAUGAGGAUGUUCCAACUUCCACUGAAUCCAACGUUCCAUCUUCUGCUAAUGGUGCAGAGCUAGUUGCUGAAUCAGUUAUAAAUACCAGAUCUUCAGCACCUGCAGAUUGUUCAUGGAAGCCUGACAAUUCUGAUGCACCGAAGGUUCCUGAAGGUUUUACCAAGGUUGCAGAAACAAAGUUUCAGAUGAAGGUAGAGGAGUUCUUCAAUUUGUAUUUUUCAGAUAAAGCUGUUAAUUUCAUUGAAUCUUUUCAUCGAAGACGUGGAGAUAAAGAAUUCAGCUGCUCUUCAUGGUGUCCUCAUGAUAAAUUUGGACAUGUCCGUGAUGUGUCAUUUCAACAUCCAAUAAAAUUAUAUUUUGGUAUGAGUUUAUUAUCAUAUAUGAACCUUUUUCCAUGCAUUAUUAUCCCUGCUGAUUUUAGCAUUUAUUUUGGUGCAAAUUUUGGUAGCUGCCAGGAGACCCAGAAAUUUCGAAUUUACAGAAACAGUCAUCUGGUUAUAGAAACAUCGCAAGAGAUCAACAAUGUGCCGUAUGGAGAUUAUUUCAUUGUAGAGGGGCUCUGGUCUGUAGAAAGAGACAUUAAUGGCCAGCGAGAAGACUGCAUUUUGAGGGUCUAUGUGAAUUUGGCUUUUAGCAAGAGAACUGUUUGGAAAGGUUUGCCUCUCCCGAAUGUCAAUCAAUUCCUUGUGCAUGGUGUGUUUUAUGCUUUUGUUUUGUGGAGCUUCUCAUGUUUCCCUUCCUGGGAAAAUAGUGCAGUCUACUCUGGAAGAAUGUCGAGAAGCUUAUGCAACUUGGAUAGCCAUGGUUUAGAUCCUUCUGGAAGCUCGAUUGAAAACGGUGAACUCCAGAUUAAAAGGGAAGUGGCACAAAGGAUCCUUCAGAAAGAUCUCAUAACUCGACUGAUCCAGUGAGGACAUUUCAGAUAUCCGAUUCCUCGGAUGUGAACCAGUGGAUUGGCAAUCUUUGGCAAGGGACUAAGGCUUCUUCAAUCACAUAUCUGUUAAGAGAGGUUGUCAGGAAAUCCUACGGAUACUUGAAAAGCCAUGGUCAUUGUAUAGCCCAAAUUUACCCGGGCCUCACCAAACAGCCAACCCAAACAGCAAACCCAAAAUAACCCAAGCCCAAAUACUUAAAAUAUUUUUAGAAAAAAAACCCUAGCCUUUGACCUAGGUGCCGCAGCCUCUUGCCUCCCUCUGCCACCGCCGUCUGCCACUCUCAUUGCCACUUGCCCACUUGCGCCUGCAAACAGAAAGAAAGAAGUGACAAGUGCACAAAAAAAAUAGAUUAAAUUCAUGUAAAAGGCUAUAUAAAAAGCCAUUUUUUUUUGUAACGGAAGGAGGAGGUCGAACUUGGCUAUUGUUUUGAGGGUUCUUCUCUCCCUAUUUUCUUUUGUAAACACAUCAUUUAGAAAUAUAAAGGAAAGGAGAAACAGAUUG